GUGUAGGACGUCAAGCCUAUUGUUGAAGAAGAAAAUUUCUCUGUAGGAGCUACGUUUCAUAAUGAGAGAUAGCUUGAAUGGAAACUGAAUGUGUAUUUACCGCAUGGUUUCGUCACUCAUCUCUUGACAGUAAUUAUAUAACCUACUUGUGAAGGUCGAACCGUCGAACGACGAGCAGUAUUUUUAUCUGCCAAGACUCCUGCGAAAUAUGUACAAGUGAAUUGUAAUAAUUAAAUUUGCAACCACUCAUCGUUCUCAUUCUUCUUCUUUAGAGGUUUAAGAAAUGGCCAAAAUGCCCCGAGGUGUUGCUCAAGACGUUCUGGGAGUUAUACGCGGUCUUCAGUGUGUUGCCAAUGCUGCUGCCCGUUACCAAGAAGCGCAAAUCAAAGAGGUUUGGCUGAAUUCCAGUGUACGAGAUGCUGUGGGUAACGUAGGUGGCAAGAUGGGUGCAACUGUUGUGCAGUCACUUACUCCAAAACCUAAUCAGCCACAGAGUGAUGUUUCCAAAAAGAUUACAGAAAUUGUUGAAAGGACAUCCAUGGUAACGGAAGGAAUACGUACUUUUGCUGCCUAUGCGGGAAGUCCAGCUGUGAAAGAAGACACCAGAAAAUUGGAAGAGACUAGGAAGCUAACAAAUGAAGAAUUAAGGGAAAUCAGUGAACUAAAUAUGUUUGAUGAAUCAAACCUUUGUCACCUAGAGGUUAGAGAUCCCAAUCCUCCAGAAAUAAUUGCAGAAAAGUUUGAGUCCAAUGCACAGGCUGUGCUGGACUCAAUAUCAACUCAUGCUGCCAGGACGGGAGGCAAAGAUGAACCUGUCACGCAAAAACCAAAGCAACAUGUACUACAGAAUGAAAUGGAACCUCUUCAAAAACCUAGAGAGUCAACAACACUUGCAGCAGCAGCAGCUGAAAAAUUCAAAGCUUCUUCAACUAUGGUUACCCCUAAAGUUGUACCCACAGUUCGUCCUACUCCAACUAAACUAAAACAAACAUUGGCAGACUCAGCAAAGCAGAGGAAAGUUCCCUCAUCUAGAUGGGAACGAAUUGUGUCGUUUGGAGGACUUGCUGCAGGCCUGGGAGUGGGAACUGUAGCUGAAGCUGCACGACGUGGCCUUGGACUUGCUGCCAAAAACAAAGAUGGAGAAACUUUAGACUCCUUAUUUCUUACACCUGCGAAUGCAAAAAGAAUAGUUGAUACACUCUGCAAAGUUAGAGGUGCGGCACUGAAAAUUGGGCAGAUCUUGAGUAUACAAGACAACUCUGUAAUUAGUCCAGAACUGGCAGCUGCAUUUGAGAGAGUAAGGCAAACUGCAGACUUUAUGCCUGUUUGGCAAGUGGAGCAAGUAAUAGCUAAAGAACUGGGACAAGACUGGAGGGACAAAUUAAAAAUGUUCGAACCACAACCUUUUGCUGCAGCUUCAAUUGGUCAAGUUCACCAAGCCCAACUGCCUGAUGGGCGACUUGUAGCAAUGAAAAUACAGUACCCAGGUGUUGCUGAAAGCAUAGACAGUGAUAUCAAUAAUCUUGUUUCCAUACUGAAAGUGUGGAAUGUUUUUCCUGAAGGACUUUUUAUUGAUAAUCUUGUGGAGGUCGCCAAACGAGAACUUGGGUGGGAAGUUGAUUAUGAAAGAGAAAGGGAAUGCACGAAAAAGUUCCGUGACCUACUGGCACCCUAUCCACAAUUCUAUAUUCCUGAAGUGAUUGAUGAAUUCUGCACAAAGCAGAUAUUUACUUCAGAACUCAUUGAAGGCAUCCCUGUUGAUCAGUGUGUUAAUUUGGACAUGUCUGUUCGCGAAGAAAUUUGCCGAAACAUAAUGCAUCUUUGUUUACUAGAACUCUUUGAGUUUCGAUACAUGCAAACUGACCCUAACUGGGCAAAUUUCUUUUACAACCCUAAAACAAAGCAACUUAUUCUGCUCGAUUUUGGAGCAACUCGAGAUUAUAAAAAGGAAUUCAUGGAUAAGUAUAUUGAAGUGAUUAAAGGAGCUGCUGAUGGAGAUCGCAAGAAGGUUUUAGAGCUGUCCCGUGAAAUGGGCUUCCUCACAGGCUAUGAAUCAAAGCUUAUGGAGGAUGCCCAUGUCGAUGGUGUCUUAAUUCUUGGUGAAGUGUUUAGUGAAAAAUCGGGUGCUUUUGAUUUUGGAGGCCAAGAUACUACAAGAAGAAUCCAGAAACUCGUUCCAACCAUAGUCUACCAUCGCCUGUGUCCACCACCAGAAGAAAUAUAUUCUCUACACAGGAAGCUAUCUGGUAUAUUUUUGCUAUGUGCCAAAAUGCAAGUUAAAAUUGAUUGCAGGGACAUGUUUCAAGAAGUUUACAGAAAUUAUAAGUGAAACUGAUAACAUUGUCAUUGUGUUUAGAUUAUUGUAAUGUUAUUUUGUUGAGUAGUAUUUCUUCUUAAAUUCCAAUGCAUAUUGUAAAAAAACUAGUACUUUAAAUGAGUUAAUGUCAGUAUUUUUCACUCUUUAAUUAAGAUAUGUUACAUUUAUGGAGUGUGGAAAAAUGUAAUUAUGAUUACAAUUAUUCAUAUGACACAAAGCACAAAGAAAACAACACAAAUACAGAAAUAAAAAUAACUUUAGAAGUGA